CCACUCGACGCGGGAAAAUUCUGGCUCGGAUUAAGUUGCUGCCUAUUCAAAUUCGGUGUCAGAUUUUUGCGAGACGACAGAGGUAUUGGAUUCGCAAUUGUUGCUUUCACCGGAAGGAGCGCCUGUCCACGUGACAGUCAAAAUGGGGUUGAAUGAAGACCUUCGGAUGGAUCCACCGUGCCAUCCCCGGGCAUGUGCAAUUCAAAAUUGCCUGCAGAGGUUCGACUAUCGGGAGGAGAAGUGCAGAAAAGAGGUCGAUGCGCUCUAUGAAUGCUGCAAUGCGUUCUACCAGAAGAACGGGGACGAGGCCAGGACGGUUAGCUGCCCCAAGGCUCCACUCCUCAGACUGAAGAUGAAGCAAAGGGGACAAGGCAUCUAGUCGAGAUAGCUGUCAAUGGAGAUGAAUGCACGAGCAGAUGUCACACCCCCUUUCGAGUCUGCGCCUUCAGCCUCCAUAAAGAAGUCCAGCCAGGUAGUAGAAGGUAUUUUGUUCUAAGGCGAUCGUGAGCACGCAAGAGACCGCGAAGGUCUGUACAAACAUUGAAUGUAA